AUGGGUUCCCAGCAAGAGAAGAGCCAAAAGAGCGCGGAAGAGAUUCCAAACGUACAAUUCCAAUCUAAGGCAGAUUCAUCCCAAACUGAGACAGGUUCUGAUGUCAGAGAGCUCUCCCAAAAGAUGGAAGAGCUGUCUUCUCAAGAAAAGCCUGAAGAAGACGAUGUUAUCUGCCACGAUAGCCAGGCUACGAAGGUCACGAAAAAGCGGCCAAUCGAUGACAAUGAGAAAAUACACCCGACAAAGACACCUCACAUGGAAAUCAAGGAGGAAACCAAUAAACGUCCAGAGAAGAAAGCCAAACAAGAUGAUUCCUCUUCUUCUGAUGAUGAAGGGUCAGAUCUUGUCCAGCGAACUUUCGAUGUUUGCGCUUGUAUUCUUGACCUUCUUCGCAAGUACGACGUUCCUGAUCGUGAUCGACAUGAAGCAAUAAGUUUUAUUGAGAAGAGAAUCAUUGAGCUCGAAAAUUUUCUCGAAGAUAGAAAAGAUCCACGUCCAAUACAGCGACCUUGCAGAGUGACGGCUAUAGAUGGUCACAACGCAUGCCUAUUGGAUUUAUUAGAGAUGCAAGAUGAGCUUUUCCAGCUCAGAACGAAAUUAACUCGGUCGUUUCAGGACAUCCAAGCUUGCUUAUCCAUCUAUAAAGCCACUCUGACACAGCUGCGGAAAUUCAAUAAAUGA